AGGUCUUCAAUUCUGCUAAACUGAGUUCUCGGGAUUAACAUGAUGAUGGUCGGUAAAGGAGGGGGAAUACGGUGGCGACCUCUUCGUUGUUUAAACUAGUCUAGCCUUUUCUCAACAACGGGAAAAUCUGAAAGAGAGGCUGAGGUGAUGUGCCAUGUGAAUGACUGAGAACCACCAUGAAGCCCUCACACAAGCUGCUGUUCGUCCUGUGCCCCAUGCUGGUCCUGGGCUUCAUCUACUACUCCUCUGGGAAGCUACACCUGCCUGUAUGGGGCCAGAAGCCACAGUUGGAAGCGGACAUUGCUCUCACCGUGGGACAAAUAGUAGGCUCAGUGUAUGAUAAGCAGGGCUUUCUGCUGAAGCUGGAUGGACAGUUGCCAGCGGAGUUGACGUACAAGUAUGGCAACCUCAGCGAAGGAGUUUGCAAGCCGGGCUACGCAGCGGCAAAGAUGACCGCCAUCUAUCCCAAUUCUCACAGGUUCAUGAAGCCAGCUCCCAUGUUUCUCGACCGGAACUUCAGGCGGCUGGCCAAAGUCUGCAAUUACUUGCCUCCAUUUGGAUUCAAAACACAAGAAAGAAUCAUAGACCGUAUUCUAACUGCCACAAAGAACUAUGGCUUGGGUGAAGACCUUGACAGUCAUGGUUGUAAAAGAUGCAUUAUUGUGGGCAAUGGUGGUAUCCUGGCCAACAAGUCUUUGGGCUCGCGCAUAGAUGAUUACAACAUUGUGGUGAGGUUGAACGAUGCUCCUGUGACUGGUUUCAGCAAGGACGUGGGCACCAAGACCACCAUGCGCAUCACCUACCCCGAGGGGGCCAUUCAGAAGCCUGAGCGCUACGAAAAGGACUCGCUAUUCGUCUUCUCCGCCUUCAAACCGCUGGACUUCAAGUGGCUCAGAAAAAUGGUCUUCAAAGAGAAACUGCGGGGUACACAGGGCUUCUGGAAGUCUGUGGCACACUACGUACCCAGGGAGCCCACAGAGAUGCGCAUCCUCAACCCCUACUUCAUCCAGGAGGCUGCCUUCCAGUUCAUUGGCCUGCCGCUCAAUAACGGCCUCAUGGGCAUAAUGAACAUUCCAACGCUGGGGACCGUCGCCAUAACAAUGGCGCUGCAUAACUGUGAUGAGGUGGCGGUGGCCGGCUUCGGUUAUGACAUGAACAUGCCUCACGCACCCUUGCACUACUACGAAACGGUCAAGAUGUCUGCCAUCAAAGAGAGGCUCCUGUCUGACACAGCCAGGAGGGACGGGCAUGGAUCGAACGCCAGUGAGCGGACAAUCGGACAACCGUGUUUACCAUUUUGAAACCAGCGAGCAUCGAAUGAACGC